AUGGCGACCGCCAGCUACGCCAGCCCGGACUCCCUCGUUGAGCUCUCCGCCUUGGUGGAGCGAACGCUCAUUGACACGGGGCGAGUGUUCCGCAAGUCGUGCUCAAUGCCCGCCAGUACCCAUCUCCAGCGUUCCGUUCCUGCAUAUUAUGACAGCUUCCAGGAUGCGCUAGACAACCUCUCAGAGCAGAUCGUGAGUGUGCCAUUGGAUACUCGGGAAGGUUUACGGACUCGCGUCCCGAGUAUCUUUAGAAGCCUUUUCAUUUCCUUGACCAUCACCGCUGAUACUGCACAGUUCAUUGCGAAGGCCUUCCUGGAGAGGGACUAUGAAGUGAUUAAGGCGCGAGAGGCGGUGCCUCAGCCCGCCGAGGAUGUGACCAUGAGCGACGUAGACCAGAAGAUGGCGACGCAGCCGCAACCACCGGCUGCCGAGCAGACGGAUCGGGACACAGAGCCUCAAAAGGUCGAAAUUAAACCGGACGACAGCGCGGUAACAGAUCUGCCUGAAGCUCCAGAAGCGGCCCCAGCACCCCAACCUAGUGAAGCAGUACCCAUCAAGGAAGAGAAAGAGGCGGGAACCGACCAGGCCCUCCCUGGCGCCACCGAAGGCGUUAAUUUCGACUCUGUCCUCGACGAGGGCGGAGCGGCAAACUCCUUUGACCUGAACCUCGAUUUUGGCAACGACGACAUGGGCAACCAAGCCUUCCUCUCGGGGACUGCCUUUGGCAACAAUGCUACCAGCGGCACAGACAAGGCCGGCCCAUCACUGCCGACAGACAAUCCGACCGCAGCCUCCGCAGGCGGGGACACCUUCGACAUGGAGCUGGGGAGGCCGGACGACAACGAACCGUUCCCUGACCAAGGUAACGGAAUGGAAGAUAUCAUGGGACCGGGCGAAUCGAGCUUCGACGAUCUGUUCAUGGAGAAUGAGAACCUCGACGAUACCGGGGACCUCAGUCGGCUGGAGGGCGAUAGUCUGAUGAAUAUUAACGAGCUGGACGAUAGUUGGUUUAGUUGA